GAGCACGACUUCGCCAUGAGACCCGGGUUUGGAGGUUCUGCGAUCCCUGUGGGCAUCGACGUUCAGGUGGAGAGCAUCGACAGCAUCUCUGAGGUCAACAUGGACUUCACCAUGACCCUGUACCUGCGUCACUACUGGAAGGACGAGCGCCUGUCGUUUCCGUCUCAGAACAACCAGAGCAGGACGUUCGACUCGAGACUCGUCAAGAAGAUCUGGGUCCCGGACGUUUUCUUCGUUCACUCCAAACGCUCGUUCAUCCACGACACCACCAUGGAGAACAUCAUGCUCCGAGUCUACCCCGACGGGAACAUACUCUACAGCGUCAGGGUGACGGUGACGGCGCUCUGCUCCAUGGACUUCAGCAGGUUUCCUCUGGACACUCAGAACUGUUCCCUGGAACUGGAGAGCUACGCGUACAACGAGAACGACCUGAUGCUCUACUGGAAGAACGGAAACGACUCCCUCAGGACGGACGAGAUGGUUUUGUCUCAGUUCUUCAUCGAACAUUUCCAGGCCUCAAGUGGACUCGCCUUCUACAGCAGCACCGGUUGGUACAAUCGUUUGUUCAUAAACUUCCUGUUGAGGAGACAUAUUUUCUUCUUCAUGCUGCAGACGUAUUUUCCCACGAUGCUCAUGGUGGUUCUGUCCUGGGUGUCGUUCUGGAUCGACCGCAGAGCCGUGCCCGCCCGCGUCUCACUCGGAAUCACCACUGUCCUCACCAUGUCCACCAUCAUCACAGGAGUCUCCUCCUCCAUGCCUCAGGUGUCGUAUGUAAAAGCUGUGGACAUUUACCUGUGGGUGAGUUUCCUCUUCGUCUUCCUCUCUGUGAUCGAAUACGCCGCCGUCAACUACUGCACCACCCUGGAGGAGUGGAGGAAGAUGAGGAGGGGCAAGUUACCUUCUGGUUAUGAUGCGAGUCAGGCGAUGGCGUUCGACGGCUGUUUCCACGACGACGACAUGGAGUUGACCGCGUUUCCCAGACUCCCCGUGGGUUUGACCUCCGACCCCCUGGUGGACCGGCUGUCGUCGUCGGGGGCCCACAGUCCGGUGGUGCGUGGGGCGUCGGAGGGGACGCGGCUCCGGAGGCAGCGCUCGGUGAAGGAGAACGUGGAUCUGAUCGUCAGUAACAGUUACCUGAUCGACUCGUACUCCAGACUGGCCUUUCCUCUGUCCUACCUGCUCUUCAACAUCGUCUACUGGAGCCUCUACUCCUGA